GGCGUCACAACACGGCUUUUGCAGUGGAUGGUUGUGUUAUUGCCAGAAAUGAGAAACUGCUGGCAAAAAUUGGUCAAGGACAGCCUCGAUCUCUAUCUCUGUCCGGGUCCAAUCUUCCACAUUGCACGCCGGUAUUUUACCCGUUCCCGUACCUUCAACCGACAGCUAGCAGAAGCGACGGCGGGCAUGGACCUCGGCAACAUGAGGAAGGGUUACAAAGAGGACAAGGAGGCAUUUGAAGAAAGCCACUUGGUCUCCCUGGAUCCCAUUAAGCAGUUUGCAGAUUGGUUCGACCAGGCAACAAAGUGUCCCGCGAUUGGGGAAGCCAAUGCCAUGUGCCUGGCCACCAGCACCAAGGAGGGAAGACCCUCAGCCAGGAUGGUGCUGCUCAAAGGAUUUGGUCAGGAGGGCUUCCAAUUCUUCACAAACUACGAGAGCCGCAAAGGAGUGGAGAUGGAAAGCAACCCUUUUGCAUCGCUUGUGUUUUACUGGGAGCCCCUGAACAGACAGGUUCGGAUCGAGGGCCCGGUGGAGCGCAUUCCAAGGCAGAGCUCUGAGGAAUACUUCCACUCCCGACCCAAGAGCAGCCAGAUCGGAGCCUUGGUGAGCCGGCAGAGCACCAUCAUUCCUGACAGAGAGUUCCUGAGGCAGAAGAACGCGGAGCUGGAGGAGACGUACAAGGAGAAGGACGUGCCGAUGCCUGAUUACUGGGGUGGCUGCAUCGUGAAGCCGCAGGUGAUGGAGUUCUGGCAGGGCCAGACUACCAGGCUCCACGAUCGCAUCGUGUUUCGCCGGCAGACGGAGGGAGACGGCCUCGAGGGCACAAUGCAGCACAAGGGAGAAGGAGGAUGGGUAUUCCACAGGCUGUCGCCUUGACGAUGAAGAUUCCAGAACCCCCUCCAGAAGGCGGAUUUCGGUGGUCCUAAACUCACUAGGACAGUUAUUGGUAUUUAUAUAUUUUUUUAAACUUGCAUCCAAAUGCGGUACCUCCUCAUCUUUCUCAUUUUUUUUUUCUUUUUUUUUUUUCUUUUCGCAGGACCACAGAUUGACUUUUAAUUUUUUUAUAAGCACUACAAAUACUAGAAUGCAUUGCGACACAGCCUCAUUGUUGGGUUUCAUAUUGAAAUUGUGAACGUCUUUGUCUGUUUUUUUUUU